AUGGACGUGGAAUCGCUGGCUGGGGACGAAUGUCUGGAAGAAGAUGAGGAAGAGCUGGAGACCAGCUUGGAAGACCCCGAGCAGGACAGCGUGGGGAAAACCGUGCCGGGUGGACGCAGCUGUGGCCUCCUCACCCGCCGAGGAAUCACACUACGGGUUCUUCUCAAAGACGGGCUGAUUGAACCCGGGCAAGGAGUCCUCUCUAUUUAUUAUCUGGGGAAGAAAUUUUGGGGUGACCUGCUGACCGAUGGGAAGAUCGCUUGGCAACAAACCGGACAGAUCUUCAACUCCCCCAGCGCCUGGGCCACCUAUUGUAAGAAACUGGUCAAUCCCGCGAAGAAAUCUGGCUGCGGUUGGGCCUCGGUGAAGUACAAGGGCCAGAAACUGGACCAAUACAAGGCCGUCUGGCUGAAGAAACACCAGCCCAACGCUCCCCCGGCGGAGGAG